AUGCCGAUGAUACUGGGGUACUGGGACAUCCGUGGGCUGGCCCACGCCAUCCGCCUGCUCCUGGAAUACACAGACUCAAGCUAUGAGGAAAAGUUGUACUCCGUGGGGGAUGCUCCUGACUAUGACAGAAGCCAAUGGCUGAAUGAAAAAUUCAAGCUGGGCCUGGACUUUCCCAAUCUGCCCUACUUAAUCGACGGGGCUCACAAGAUCACCCAGAGCAAUGCCAUCCUGCGCUACAUUGCCCGCAAACACAACAUGUGUGGGGAGACAGAAGAGGAGAAGAUUCGAGUGGACAUGUUGACCAACCAGCUGUGGGACACUUUCAUCCAGCUGGCCAGACUCUGUUACAAUCCGGACUUUGAGAAACUGAAACCAGAGUAUCUGGAGGGACUCCCUGAGACAAUGAAGCUCUACUCACAGUUCCUGGGGAAGCGGCCAUGGUUUGCAGGGGACAAGAUUACCUUUGUGGAUUUCAUCGCUUAUGAUGUCCUUGAGAAGAUCCGCAUGUUUGAGCCCACAUGCCUGGAUGCGUUCCCAAACCUGAAGGACUUCAUAUCCCGUUUUGAGGUGAUGCCUCCGAUCUUCCUUGCUCUUAGAUGUUUCUUGAUCAUUUUCCCUUCUCUGUGA